AUGUCGGUCGAAAUCGAGAUUGUCAUCUAUGGGACCAACGAGGUCACCAUCUACGUCCCUGUCUGGCCUUUGUGGCAGAGACGAGCACCGCUGCAACCCCAGCGGCCGCUGAACGGGCACAACGGCGGCAAGUCACUUGUCAAGCACACGAACGUUGAGGGGCCGCCGCCACAGUGUCAAUGGCGCGCUUUCAUAAGGACCUCACAGGCCAAGGCCAACACUUUGUGUACUAAGAUGGCGAUGCAUAGUACCUCUCAGGUGUUACUCGAGAUAUUGUUGUAUGGUAUUUCACGUAUCAAUACACGGCUCCUCAAAAGCAUCUUUCGGCGUUUACCGAAAGCGCUUGAGACCAGCCACCCGGCGCAGGCUUCCGUCGAGAGUUUGGGAACCAGCAAUUUUCAGAACAUUUUCGCCGGAUGGGAGGAACGCGCCAUAGUAGUAUCUGGGCCCGAGGAUGGAAGAGAUGGCUGGGCGGAGUAUGAGCAGCGCUUCUCAGACCUUGCGGACUUGAGCAGGCGCAAGUAG